UCCCUAUUUGGGUUUUUGCUAGCUUCACAAAUUUGCUUGAGAAUUUGAGAUUGAGAGGGAGCCAAAAAAUUUGAGUGGUUCUUUUGCUUCAUUUGAUAUGUGGGUUUAGUCUGUUGUGGCUUUUUGAGGGCCAUUGAUGAAAAAGAUGAAAGCUUUAUGUCAACUGCAGACCCCAUAAAUACGUAGCUUGACGGCUUCGACAGAAUUUGACAGAAGCUCUCCUAAUUAAAUCUUUGUUGCAGGUUCAUUGAAAAAGACACCAUCUUCAAGCCAUGAGCACAAGGCAAGGAGUUUCAACAAAGAUUCAGAGCAAGAAUUCCACUAACAUGUCUCAGCUCAGAGCUUCCUCUAAAGCAAAGGAGUCUCAAACUCCAACUCAAAGACCCUCCAGAGCAAAAUCAGUGACUCCAGUUGUGAGUAAUAGCAGUGAUUCCAGGAGUAUUAGGAGGGCUGUUCUGCAAAACAAGCCUAAAUCUGGAGAACUGGUGUUGGGAUCUCAGAAAAGUAAGGAACUUGAGGAGUUUAGAGUUGUGGGUAGUAGUAGAAAGCCCCAAGUUGUGGAGCAAUUUGCUAAGCCCAGAAGGCAGAGGCCUGUUGUGGAGGCCAAUUGUAAGAGAAAUGAGGAUGACCCACAUCAGAAAGUGAAGGACUUGCAGGAAAAAAUUGAAGUGAGUGAGAGUUUGAUCAUGAAUUUGGAGGCUGAGGUUUUGGGAUUGAAGGCAGAGUUGGGUAAGGAACAGGGGAUGAACCUGGAGCUGCAGUCACAGAAUAAAAAGCUUAGUGAGAAUCUUGCUGCUGCUGAAGCAAAGAUUGCAGCUUUAACCACUCCUCAACAGAGGGAGUCAAAUGGCUACCAGAGUCCUAAAUUCAAAGACCUUCAGAAACUCAUUGCCAACAAAUUAGAAAGCUCAGUAGUAAAGAAAGAGCCAGUGAAUGAAUCAAGUCCUAUUAAAGUAGCAUCACCUCCACCGCCACCACCACCGGUAAUUCCUAGAGUUGCAGCCACCUUUUCACCGCCUCCACCACCUCCACCACCAUCACUCCGGCCACCACCACCACCUCCACCUCAGCUCUCGGCGAGGGUGUCAAUCACUCAGAAGGCUUCAGAGCUUGUACAGUUUUAUCACUCCUUGAGGAAGCAAGAGGUGAAGAGGGACUCUCCAGAAUCUAGAAACCAUCAUAAACCAGGGGCUAUUAGUGCACAUAAUAGCAUAGUUGGCGAAAUUCAAAAUCGAUCAGCACAUCUGAUAGCUAUAAAAGCAGAUGUUGAAUCAAAAGGAGAGUUCAUCAAUGGCCUUAUCCAGAGGGUUCUGGCUGCUGCCUAUACAGAUAUUGAGGAUGUUCUAAAAUUUGUGCACUGGCUCGAUGGAGAACUUGCAUCGUUGGCUGAUGAACGUGCUGUAUUAAAGCACUUUAAGUGGCCAGAGAGGAAAGCUGAUGCCAUGCGAGAAGCUGCAAUAGAAUAUCGUGACCUUAAACAGUUGGAAAGUGAAAUUUCUUCGUAUAAGGAUGACACCACCAUUCAAUGUGCAGCUGCCUUGAAGAAGAUGGCUGGCUUAUUAGACAAGUCGGAGCAAAGCAUUCAAAGGUUAGUCAAGUUGAGAAAUUCAGUUAUGCGUUCUUAUCAGGAAUGCAAAAUUCCAACUGACUGGAUGCUUGAUUCAGGGAUUGUGAGUAAGAUAAAGCUGGCUUCCAUGAAUUUGGCUAAAAUUUACAUGAAGAGAGUUACAUUGGAGCUUGAAUCCAUUCGAUAUUCAGAUAGAGAAUCAAGUCAAGAAUCUCUUCUGGUUCAAGGCGUGAAUUUUGCAUACAGGGCACACCAGUUUGCUGGAGGUCUCGACUCUGAAACAUUAUGCGCUUUCGAAGAGAUAAGACAACGAGUACCAAGACAUUUAGGAGGUUCGCAAGAGCUAUUGGCAGGCAUAGCAUCAUCCUAACAAAAGCUACAAUCAGAGACUUCUUGCUGCCAGUUAUAGGCACCUAAAGAAAAUUAACUGCAUCCAUCUAAUAUUCCUAUACUUUCAGUGCAUUUCUCACGUUUGCAAAAGCCUCAGCUCCCAACUGGAUGCAAAGCUCGCAGAAUCUCAUAUAGUUUUGCGAACAAAUUAAGUGGCUCCUUCACCAUGCCACCAAUCAAAGCUUCUGCUGUCAACUAACAGCUGCUGUCAACUAAUUAUACUCAAGAGUAAACCGAUGUUCGCACUGUAUUUAAUUUUCUUCUGUAAUAAGACUGUACACUGAUUGUGCUAGCUCAACUAGUUCAACGGCGCAUUGAAUAAAAUCCCGGCUCAACUACCUUGGUUCAUACGUAGCUUUCAUGUAAAUGGACUUUAAUUAACUUCAGCCGCACGUUACAAAAGCUUGAACCAUUCUUGGCAAGAAUGUCGAUCUGUUGGUGUUGGCUGCUGCCCAACUUUCUUUCAGCAUUGACACUGCUGCUGCUUCUGCUGAGCUGCACGAGAUUGAAACCUGUCCUCCGCUGUCAUUGUAGCUGGCCCGAGUUUAUAGCCUGAUCUAGGCCACAGAAAGAUUUCAUUGCUCAGAAUUCUCAGUCCAUCAUGUACUAGUUGAAGGGUUAACUAUUCUAAUUAGCUAUGGCCGAGUGUUUAUCUUUAUAUCAUAUUAAUGACAUUAUGACGGUGUGUUCGAUGGGUAA